AUGGACGUCCCGGAAGUGAACGUGCUCUUGCUGGGUGACGCUGAAUGCGGCAAGUCGACGUUCCUAUCACGCUUGAGUCUCGGCGUACAGCCUCACGACGAUGACCUCCCACCCUACGCGCUACCAACACUUCGUGACGAGGACCAGCCGUUCGAGUUUGAUAUCUCGCUCUACGGGCGUCCGUACAAGCUUCGAUUCUACGACACCAAGUCGCCAGAAAACUACACACUGCUACGCCCGCAGUUUGUGAUACUCUGUUACGACAUAACCUCGCGCGCAUCCCUUGAAUCGCUCACAAAAACAUGGCUCCCCAUCGUCAACGGACACUUCAACUACGACGAGAACCUCCCCGUCAUGGUACUAGGCCUGAAGCGAGACUUGCGCAAACAAUGGACACUGCAAGAAGUUGGGGAAGAGAAGAAGGGAAGGGGAGCGAGUGUGAUGCCGCACGAAGGGCUCCAGGCAGCGCAGAGAAUGCUGUGCGAUCACUACGCCGAAUGCAGUGCUUUGACUGGCGAGUUGUGUCGGGAGGUUCUACAAGAUGUCGCCAAGACAUGCGCAAAGACAACGACUGAAGCUGGAGCGAAGAGUGGAGGCGUGCUCUCUGAAUGUGCCGUCAUGUAG